CAACGGCGCUGUUUGACUCGUUUGACAGCGGGGCGCUAACACAGCAACAACAAUAGAAAUGACUGAACAAAAUUGACGGGAUAUGGCUGUUUUAUCUGAACGAAGAGUUCAAACAUAUUGCCUACAACUUAUAGAGCCAGAGCUGACCCUAUAGCCAGGAUGGACACCGUCUUCUCUGCCCCGCAGAUACUCUCCUCCAGGUCCCUCCAGAGGGUGACUCCCAUGAUGCCUCUGUGCCAGCUGGUGGAGGAGAGUAGGAGUACAUCUAACAUCCCCAAUCAUCUCCUGGAAUCAAAAAUCUUUGCCAAACUGAAAAGCAACAGCCUGAUCCAAGCAGAUCCCUCAGAGCUUCACUUUAGUGGAUUUGAGCUCGGGAAGGAUUACAUCAAGACACUGAAAAUAAUCAACAUCUCAUCUGAAGUGAUGGAUAUUCAUAUCAUUCCAACACAAACGAAGCACUUCAAAACAUCAUAUACAAAAAAGUAUCGACUCAUUCCGGGUCUCGCCUACACAGUGAAGGUCAGCUUCUGUCCCGACGAGUGGCGUUACUUCUAUGACAGCGUCCGGGUUCAUUGCAAGGGGGAAGAGAACCUGUUGAUUCCAGUUCAUGCCUACCCGGUCGUUGAUGACCUACACAUCCCCCCUCAUAUCGACCUGUCAGCAGUACCACUUGGACAAAGUGUUUCACAUGCUAUACCCCUGAGAUGCAAUUGUCCUGUUGACUUUGAGUUCCGGUUGUUUGUCAUUCAACCCAAUGAGGCGUUCUCCAUCAGUCCACUUACAGGUGUGAUACCAGCUAAUGGAGAAGUGAAGAUUAUUGUGACCUUUAGUCCUCUCCAAUACCAGACUUCUCAGGUCACUAUCCAGCUGAUCAUCUCACAGUUCAACUCCAAACCCUACCUCUGCACCAUCACCGGGAGUUCAGCCCCUCACCUAGCCCCCAGUGAGCUUGGAGGAACGCCGGGUCAUGGAGAUGCAGUGCCUGCAGCAACUGAACUGCCGUUGCCUGCAACCCAAGGGCCUCGAUGUAAAAUCAAAUACAGGCCCAACAAGAAGGGGGAAAAAGAAAAGAAGCUGAACAGUCUGGCUUGUGUUCAUCCUGAAGUAAAGCCUCCAGUUGAUGUGUGUACCCAUGCAGGAGUGGCAAAAAUGCUGAUAAAAGACAUCACCAGUUCUAAAGACCUGAGGGGAGCAGUAAUCUGUGGCAGUAUGGAUGGUCUGCAAAACAGGAAGAUGAAGGAGACCCUCUUCAGAAAGAAGGUGGAACAUAAUGUGAAGGAGCUGCAAGCUAACCAAAUCAAAUGGCAAGUCCAUCUGGGUGACGACCCGGUGUCAGAGGACAAAAGGAGGCAGAUAGCAGAGGAAAAAGAGAUUGUACUAAGUAAAUGCUUGCUCAUGGUCCUUUUCAUUUCCAGUCAAUGUGAAGGUAAAUGUAACUAUAACUGUCCUUUCAACCUUUUCAAGGCCUCUGAGGGAGGCCCAUCUGUGCACUCUUUUCAGCAGAGACAACGAGCCCUCACAGUGUUUCAGCAGGCAGCACGCAAGGUGGUGAUCAGAUGUCGGAUGAACUGUCGGCUGACCAGUUUGAAGAAACUCUCAGACGGUCUAAAGAGCCCGCCCUCAGCAAAGAAAACUUUUGACAAUCCUGUGACCUCCUCAUUCAGAAAUCUUUCAGUUUGGGAGACGACUUGUGAUCAGAGAGUCUCGCUAGCCAGAGUCUUCCCGUUUUCUUUCCCCAAUUUUUGUAAAGAAGAUGAUCCGCUGGUUCACAUGAGUUUGGACACACUGCCUGUGGAAACCACUGAUAUGAAUGUGACAACACAACCUUUCUUCAACCUUCAAGCACCUCAGCACCACAGGCUGAUGGGCUACCACCCUGUGUCCGCAUUGGAGGCAUUUCACUCUUAUAUCCCAACUAUUCUGGACAGACAACUUCGCACUGGAGCUCUGAAUGAGUCUGUGCCCGAUAACAAUCAAGCAGAGCAUCAACAGCGGGACGAACAGAAAGAGGAGGACGUGGUGUCAUGGGAGGAUUACAGACUCUCCUUUAGUGCCCCAGAAGCUCUACUCACACCUUUUCCAGCAAAUCCACUCAGAAUCUUUAAUCCAGCUCCAGGCCUGCAGAGUUACAAAACGACCCCUAAAUACCUUGAGAGUGAUCUUAAUUUCCAUCUCUGCCCUGUGCCCAGGUAUACGAUCCCUGAGAGCAAAACAUGUGACAUCAGGACUCAAACCUCACACGCUCCCAAGACGCUUCUGGAUCGGCAGGAAGUGAGUCGAGGGUUCGGGAAAAUGAACAGUUUUCCUCCUCUUUCCUCAAACUGUUUGUCCUAUCAACCUGGUCUCACACGCAGGUCUUCAGACUACAGUGAAGAGACACUCCUCACAGAUACACCUGCUCCUUUAACUGGCCCUUCUGUUGAUCUCUCUCAACUAAUGGACCAACCGUAUAAAGGCUCCAGAGUCCAACUGUCACCAGAGAUAAUAAGAGCCGAGUUCUUGACAUGGAUAGCUCUAGUCAACACAAACCUUACUAGAGGCAUGACGGGCAGGCACACUGGGGAGCUUCAGAUGGAGGCGUCGGAGUUUAACACAAUUGGAAGAAGAGUGAUGACCAGGCUGAAGCAACUUGAAGCCACUGACUCAAAGUUAGCUUUUUCCAUCCAAUGAUUAAAAUACAUGUUCUUAUAUUUAUGGUUUUUUUUUUAAUACAGCUGUGUUG